GAACAAGCUUCAUUACCUGCAUUAAAAUUCACGAGACAAGACUUGCCAACGACGUCAAGAGAGAUACAGCAGCAUAAUGAAAAGUUACAGAGGGAAUUUAGGGAGAUACAGGAACGUGAGGAGGCGUUACAAAGGCGGUUAAGGGAGGUGCAGAAACGUGAAGUAGAAUCACAAAGGCAGUUGAGAGAGACGCAACAACGCGAAGAACAUUCACAAAGGCAGUUAAGAGAAGUGCAGCAACGUGAACAAAACUCUCAAAGGGAGAUGCAGCAACGCGAAGAACAUUUACAAAGGCAGUUAACGGAGAUACAGCAACGACAAGAAAAUUCACAAAGGCAGUUAAGAGAAGUGCAACAGCGUGAAGAAAAUUUGCAAAGGCAGUUGAGGGAAAUGCAGCAACGCGAAAAUUCCCAAGAGCAAAAUUCCUCCUUAGAAAGACAGCUGAGAGAAAAAGACCAGGAAAUAAAUGAGCUAGAGUUAAGUCUCUCGUUGGCUCAGCGAAGAAUAAGUGAACAGCGACGACAGGAAACGUGUGACUGGGUCAUUUCCCGCAAUGAAAUUCAAAUUACAGAUAAUUGCCUUGGAAGGGGAGGCUGGGGAAGCGUCAAUGAAGGUACCUACUGUGGCUGUACUGUAGCAGUGAAGCAAAUCCAUGACCUGAUUCUGUCUCCUCACAACCGGCUUUUAUUUGAAAGAGAAAUGAAUAUUGCUUCAGCUUGCCGCCAUCCCUGUCUGCUACAGUUUAUCGGCGCCACAAAUGAUGAGGGAACUCCUCUGUUUGUUACCGAGCUCAUGGAGAUGAGUCUGCGAGCUUUGUUGGAACAGCAGCUGCUUUCCGAAACAGAAAUACGGGUCAUUUCUCUAGAUGUAGCUCGCGCCCUGAACUACCUUCAUCAAAAGAAACCAUCACCAAUUAUUCAUCGGGAUGUCAGCAGUGCUAAUGUGUUGCUAUGGCGACAGGGUGACCAAUGGAGAGGGAAAGUAUCAGAUUAUGGCACUGCUAAUUUCGUUCAGCAGACCAUGACAGUGGCUCCUGGAGCUGCCAUUUACUGUGCGCCUGAAGCACGUACAUCAAACCAAACAGUCAAGGUUGGUCGUCAUCAUCGAUUUAGGGCCCACUUUUUAAUAACUAUAUCACAGAUAGAGUGUGUGACUGAAACUCCUGUGUGUAACCUUUUUGCCGUAACCUGCGUCGCAGACACUCUAGACAGCCUGUAUAAGGCGUCUGCGAAUUGGUGUACAAUACUAUGUUUCAAUCCCGCAGAGUCGCAAAGACAUGUGUAGGUGUUUUUGAUAUGCUAGUUUCUUACGCAGUUUGUGAUUAGUCCAAUUUGAAUUUAGUCGUGUUUACAGGCCAAACACGAUUCAUAGCUCGUGACGAUAGUGUGAACAUGACAUAAGAGUUAGUUUGAACAUUAGAGAGGGCCCUGUUGGGUGAAAGUCGGACAAGGGACGUGGCCUUGACGUAAGGCAAAUAAAACGGCGACAAACGACGCAAAGAUGGGUUGAAUGUGUCUGAUGUUUAAGUUAGUCUUUGGACUGAAGCUUGAUGUCCUGUAGGUCCUGUGGCCGGUUUCGCCGUUGGUGAUUGUUUUAGAUGGGCAGUGCAUCUGCAACGAUUAGAAGACACUGGAAAAUCGAAGAUUGUCCGGAACCAGUCGGAAUGUGUCCGAACACGUCCCGGCCGUCAAGGAAUAUUCUCUUAAAGUAUUUUCCUGUUUAGAAAAAAGGCUUUCACGUCCGAACCGCUCUUUCAUUUCUGUCAACGCUCUUUACCAGUUUUCGACAUACCUGCAUCCAACCGUCUCGCACACGUAAGAAUUGGACCAAUCGUGAGGCGCGUAACAAACUUGCCUAUCAGAAACGCUCACAUAUAUCCUUGUGACUCUGCUGGAUAUCAGAACCAGCUUUUGUGCACUAAUUCGCAGACGGGCUAUACCAAUGGUUAAGACAAUGUUUGGGUCGGUUACAACGCAGGCUGUUUUGUAACGGAGUUAAAGAAUCCUUUUACUUUUAUGUGGUCUUCAGACGUCACCUUAUUUGAGCAUCAAUGGAAAAAAGCUUUAUCAAAGGUGUAUCAAAGUUUUCACGUACGUACGUAGACUCAUGGUAAUAUCCCUGAUAAACUAGUGGAUUACAGGAUAAAAAUGAGAACCUUUGUAGCAACAGCAGUUAAUAUUUUAUUUUAAAAUGUGUUGGAAGUGUUAACUUUUUUUAUUCUUAAUUUCCUUCAGCUCGAUGUUUAUAGCUUUGGUGUUUUAUUGUGCGAAAUGUGCAUCCGGGAACUUCCAAAUCCUGAAAAUCGUGAAGAGCAAGUUUUGCUGAUGACGAGCCGCGUGUUGAGAGGCCUGGUACGGCGAUGCCUGCAGACAGAUCCUGAAGCGAGACCAACUAUGGAGGAAAUAAUCGAUGAAUUAUCAAGAACUGUGUAA